AUCAGCUCAGAAUUGUGUGAAUCAUCUUUUCCUUGACUGCAAAGUUCGAAUUCGUCCAUAUAUCAUUGCUACCUAGUCCCCUGUCUUGCCUUGACAAUGCCGACGCGCCGAAUCAAUGUCAAGGACAUGGCCCCAUCUCGUGGCACUGAGGACGAGGCCUACGUAUACAGCAACUUUGCCAAUUUGUCUUUGGCGGACGAGCGUAUACCGGGGAGAUCCUACCGCCCCGGAGAUUAUUAUUCGUCCUCCGAGCCCAAAUAUGACUCCCGAGGGUCAGGCCGCACUUAUGCCCGGGGUCGCCGGUUUGGAGGUACCUACCUGACUAUUGACUGCACAUAA